CCACGCCACGUGACCAUCUACUUCCGUUUCUCCUCUGGACGUCUACGUCGAAUGACGGUGUUUCUGCCAAACAUAGGACCUUUAAUUUAAAACGAAACAACACAAAUCCAACCGAUCAUAAUGAAGAAUUCCCAAUACAGACAAGACUGUCCAUCCUCCGUCAAACCUCUUUCUGACCAAUUACAUUUUCCACUUUGCAUCAUUUCCAAAAUACAGAGAAUGUGUCAUCGGCUUGAAGAUAUCAUGAAGCUCUGCUGUGAGUUAUCUGCUGAUAAACAGAUCCAGACCACAGUCAAGGGCUCUGGUAAAGGGGCAGCAACAGCUGGAGGCCUGGCCUUUGCUGGAGGCUUGGUUGGGGGUCCUCUUGGUAUUGCAGUCGGUGGUGCUAUUGGAGGCCUUCUUGGCUGUUGGCUGACCAGCGGUCAGUUCAAACCUCUUCCUCAGGUCAUUAUGGAGCUCAGUCCUCAGCAGCAGCAGAAGCUAUACGCCGAUCUGGUUGCCAUCCUUGGGGAUAUUCAGUGGACCGACGUGGUGCAGCUAACUGGUCUUGUCAUGAGCAACAUCAGUCUGAAGCAGCAGCUCACGGCAGCGCUUCUUGGAUUUGUUACUAAGGAACUCCAAGCAAAUGUGCACUAUGUGGACUAGUGCGUGUAAGCGCACAGGCUCCACGCCCUGACUUUUGGUAAGGACAUGAUUUAGUGUGUGCCCGAGCAGACUGCUAAGUGCUUUCCAGAAACAACAGUAGGAUACACUGACUUAUACUGAGAACAUAUUUAUUUGUGUGUAAUCCAUUGUGCCAUUGUUUGUUUGUUUUUUUUUGUUGUUGUUGUUGGGAGCACACAUCCCAUCAACACCAAAAUUAUCCUCUUGUGAAGUCACCUCCUUUACCUGGGAA